CGCCCCCGCCGCAGCUGCUGCAGCCACCCCCACUCUGCCCGGCCCUUUCUGCACCGUCAUCUCCUGCCCCGCGGAGGUUCGACCCGUACUCUCCCCCUCUUCCUUCCUGUGCCCACCGAUUGGAGGGACACUCUUUGGAAGCCUCAGUUGAAGAAAGCAGAGGAUCUGCGUGUACACAAUGCAGUGAUAUUGGUUAUGUGGUGCUCCAACGAUGGGCAAUGCGCAGGAGCGGCCAUCGGAGACUAUUGACCGCGAGCGGAAACGCCUGGUCGAGACGCUGCAGGCGGACUCGGGGCUGCUGCUGGACGCGCUGCUGGCGCGGGGCGUGCUCACCCGGCCUGAGUAUGAGGCGUUGGAUUCACUGCCUGAUGCCGAGCGCAGGGUGCGCCGCCUACUGUUGCUGGUGCAGGGCAAGGGCGAGGCUGCUUGCCAGGAGCUGCUGCGCUGUGCCCAUCGUACCACUGGCGCGCCGGACCCCGCCUGGGACUGGCAACACGUGGGCCCGGGCUACCGAGACCGCAACUAUGACCCUCCGUGCCCAGGCCACUGGACGCCUGAGGCACCCGGCUCGGGGACCACAUGCCCCGGGCUGCCCAGAGCUUCAGACCCUGACGAGGCCGGGGGCCCUGAGGGCUCCGAGGCGGUGCAAUCCGGGACCCCAGAGGAACCAGAGCCAGAGGGGGAAGCCGAGGACUCUGAAGAGGCUGAACCGGAGCCGGAGCCGGAGCCGGAACCCGAGUCUGAAGCAGAACCAGAGCCGGAACUGGAGCCAGAACCGGACCCAGAGACCGAGCCCGACCCAGAGCCCGAGCCCGACUUCGGGGAAGGGGACGAGUCUGAAGAUUCCUGAAGCCCAGAGCGCUGACCGGCUGUGCCCCGCCCAUGCUGGAUAGGACCUGAGAUGCUGUCGGAGCUGGAUCAAAUGCCACCAAGGCUCGGUCUAGCCCAGUACCGCUAGAAGUGAAGAAACUCCCGAGGGUCAGCCAGGACCUAGGCUCUCUCCACGAUUCUGGCUGUCUGCCCAGGAACUGGGCAUGAGUGCCCCUGAGUCCCAGUGACCUGGGCAGCCCCAAGCCCACCACAGUCACCACCCAGUCCUCAGUCCCAAUCUGCCCUUAGGAGCCCAGACUGCACCCUGGAGACCUCAGACCCAGUGCCCUAGUGGGACAAGGACCUGACCCUCAUGCCCAAAUACACGACCCGUUUUCCCUAAUGAGCCACUUGGCAGCCUGUGUAGGUACCAGCUCAACCCCAAGCAAGUCCCUGGGCUUAACAUGUAGCAAGGGGAGAGGGACUUCUCUCCAUGUAGGGAGAAGGGCUUAGAGCUCACAGCCUUGAGAAGUGAGACUAGAAGAGGGAGCAGGAAAAGGGGAGUAGACAGAAGCCACAGACAUCAUUGUCAUUACUGUUUUAAUUGUUUGGCUUCCCUCUGGACUGGGAGCUCAGUGAGGAUUCUGACUAGUAACUUACACAAAAGGCGCUGUACACAUAUUAUAUUUGCUGACUACAUGAAUAAGGACUUUCCAA